ACAUAUUCAGUUUCCUUUUUCCCUUUCUUGUUCAGUCAACCACCAUCUCCAACUAUGGCUGAUGCUCUUGUUUCUGCAGUGCUGGGGCAGUUGGUUUCAGUCAUGCAGCAGGAGAUGGAAAAUGAAGUGAGGCUGGUUGUGGGCGUCGAAGAGCAGGUCCAAAGGCUCACCUCCACUCUCGAGGCCAUCGGAGCCGUUCUCACAGAUGCCGAGAAGAGACAAGUCCAUGAAGAAGGGGUGAGACUCUGGCUAGAGAAGCUCAAGGACGUAGCCUACGAUGCGGAGGACGUGUUGGAUGAGUGGAGGACUGCGAUUCUCCAAUUACAACUUGGUGAAAAAGCUGAAACUGCUCCAAAUAUUCCCAGGAAGAAGAUAUGCUGCAAAAUUCCUUCCCCUGGUUUUUGUUUCAGUCGGGUUGUUCUGCGUCGUGACAUAGCCCUCAAGAUCAAAGACAUAAAUGGUAGGCUGGAUGCCAUUUCUAAAGGGAAAGAUAGGUACAGUUUCAUCCCUAAAUCCACAAGGGCUGUCGCUGAAGAACCCGCGCGACCGAGAUCUGCAUCUUUUGUCGAUGUAUCGAGAAUAAAAGGUCGAGAUCUAGACAAGGACGUUAUAGUGGGGAAGUUGUUGGGUGAGAGCAGUCAGGAAGAUAAGGGUCUCCAACUCAUUUCCUUGGUGGGCAUGGGAGGGAUGGGGAAGACGACUCUUGCUCAAUUAGCCUACAAUGAUAAGGCAGUGAUAAGUCAUUUUAAGAAGAGGAUUUGGGUGUGCGUGUCAGAUCCCUUUGAUGAGGUAAGGAUUGCUCAUGCAAUUCUUAAGGCUCUGGACGAAGAGAGUGACUUGAAAGUGGGUUAUGCUAGUUCUCUUGACUGGGAAGGUUUGCCACAGCGCAUUCACAAAUCUAUCAUGGGAAAGAGGUUUCUUCUUGUGCUAGAUGAUGUGUGGACUGAGGACUACAGGAAGUGGGAACCACUGGAACACUCUCUCAGCAAUGGCGGCCGGGGUAGUAGAAUCUUGGUGACUACACGCAGCGAGAGGGUUGCGAAGAUGAUGGGAAGCUCCUGUGUGCAUUCCUUGAAGGCAUUGUCGGACGAGGAGUGUUGGUUGGUGUUUAGUCAGAUAGUAUUCUUCGGGAGGAGUAAGAAGGAUUCUGAGAAACUAGAAAAAAUUGGGAGGGAAAUAGCAAACAAGUGCAAGGGCUUGCCACUUGCUGCAAAGACUUUGGGAAGUCUCAUGCGCUUGAAAGACAAUAGAGAAGAUUGGCAGCAUGUUUUGGGCAGUAAAAUAUGGCAGCUGGAAGUUGUUGAAAAACAUCUUUCCCCUGCUUUGCUGUUGAGUUAUGAUGAUUUGUCUCCUGCAAUGAAACGUUGCUUCUCAUAUUGUGCCAUCUUUCUGAAAGAUUGCGAGAUUGAGAGGGACAAUUUGAUUCAACUGUGGAUGGCACAAGGUUUUCUUGGCACGGAAGGAAGUUUGGAGAUGGAGAGAACUGGCAAAGAUUACUUCCAAAACUUGGCAAUGCGCUCUUUCUUCCAGGAUUUUAAAAAAGAUUCGUCUGGCAGAAUAAUCUCAUGCAAGAUGCACGAUAUAGUGCAUGACUUCGCUCGGUUCCUUACGAAGAAUGAAUGUGUUCUUGUGGAUGCCAACAGCAAAGAACAGCUCAAGAUGGACUUGUCUUGUGGAAAAGCCCGUCAUUUAACGGUAGAAUGUGAAGCAAUGGCCCCAUUUCGUUCCACCAUUUACAACACCAAAAAUCUACGCACCCUCUUGCUAACCUUCUCAAGAAUGUUCAUAGCCCCAUGUGAUCCGUUUGAUCAUAUGGCAUUUGUUCGGGCAUUAGAUUUGAGUGGUAAUGCAAUUGAAGUUCCACUCGAAGUAGGGAGAUUGAUACAUUUGAGGUACCUUAACUUAUCCAAUAAUUCGUUUGAAGAUUUGCCAGAAACAUUAUGCAACUUGUGUAAUUUGCAAACCUUGAACCUCAAUUGGUGUCCCGAUCUGAAAAAGCUACCUCAAGGAAUUGGGAAACUAAUUAAUUUGAGACAUCUUCUGAUUUUGAAAACUGAAAGUCUAAGAGUGUUGCCGAAAGGCAUCGGUGGGUUAAUCUCCCUUCGGACAUUAGAAGGUUUCUGUGUCGGUUCUGGUGAUGAUAGUGAAGCAUGUAAGAUUGGAUAUCUGAGAAAUCUGAACAACCUUCGAGGGAGCCUUAAAAUAAGUGGGUUGAAAAAUGUGGUAAAAGCAUGGGAAGCUGAGAAAGCAGAAAUGAAAAAGAAGAAUGGCCUCCACUAUUUGAAAUUGAAAUUCUCUGGAGAGGGUGAGGAUGAAAUUAAGGAUUAUGAGGUACUUAAAGCCUUACAGCCACCCCCAGACUUGGAAUGUUUAGUGAUAUCUUUUUAUGGAGGCACCCGGAUACCCAACUGGAUUACCUCAUUGACUAACCUGCGAGGACUUAACAUCAAAGGCUGUAAGAACUGUGCGUGUUUGCCUCCUCUCGGGAUAUUGCCAUCACUUGAAUUACUUAUUAUACAGGGCAUGGCUAUUUUGAAGAAGGUGGGUCUUGAGUUUUUAGGAAUACAGAUUGAUGAUGAUGACAGACAAGAGAAAGGUGCUGACAGCACAAUUGUGUUUCCGAAGUUGAAGGAACUCGUCUUUAGUGGCAUGGACGAAUGGGAAGAGUGGGAUGUGGGAACAAGAUUGGGCAAAGGAAUAGAUAUGAAGGUAAUGCCAUGUCUUACGUCACUAGGAAUUGAAGACUGUCCCAAGCUAAAGGCGCUGCCGCAGUACCUUCAGAUGACCACACUAAAGGAAUUGGAGAUUAGGCGGUGCCCUAUUUUGGAAAAACACAACCUCGAAGAGCCAAGUUCUGAACUAUAA